UUGUCGGGCGUCUUCGUGGUUGUCAAAAGUAGUGAUUUGGAUUCCAUAUUUAGACGGUGUAUUAUAGAAGAAUGGCGAAGAAAACUUACGAUUUGCUGUUCAAAUUGCUGCUAAUCGGCGAUUCUGGCGUUGGCAAAACAUGCAUACUCUUCCGCUUCUCCGACGACGCCUUCACAUCGACCUUUAUAUCAACAAUAGGCAUCGAUUUCAAGAUCAAAACAGUGGAGCUGCGCGGCAAGAAGAUCAAGCUGCAGAUCUGGGACACAGCCGGCCAGGAGCGCUUCCACACAAUCACGACGUCCUACUACCGAGGGGCCAUGGGCAUCAUGCUGGUGUACGACAUAACAAAUGAGAAGAGCUUCGAGAACAUCGUCAAGUGGCUGCGGAAUAUAGACGAGCACGCAAAUGAGGACGUGGAGAAGAUGAUUCUGGGGAACAAGUGCGACAUGGAGGACAAGAGAGUCGUGAGCAGGGAUCGAGGACACGCCAUCGCAGUGGAGCACGGGAUCAGAUUCAUGGAGACCUCCGCCAAAGCAAACAUCAACAUCGAGAGGGCGUUCUGCGAGCUGGCCGAGGCGAUUCUCGACAAGACGUCCGGCAAAGACGCCGCCGACAAUCCCGAGGCGCGCGUGAUAGUCUAUCGCAAGGACCAGGACAAGUCGCCGACCAGCAAAGGCUGCUGUGCAUAGUAGUGUUGCGCGUUCUGGGCGUAUUUCUCAAGUUCACAAAAUGUGGUAUUAAAAAAAAACAACCUUCUUUUCAAAAUACAUUAAUUUCUCUGUGUAUAAAUAUAAAGAAAAAGAAAAUCCCAUUUAGAGAGAGAGAGAAAGGAGGGAAAAUCAUUGAAAUAGAGAACUAUAUAUGAAUAUUUUCUCAUUUAUGAAACAUUGAAAUAUUAUAAGAGUUUUUAUUUAACUUGUUGCAAAUUUCAAAACUCAAUUUUAGAGCUACACAAAAUGUAUUGUUUGUUUUUAUUCCCUUUGUGGCGAAGGGCGCGCAAUGUUUUUUCCUAUACUUAUUUGCCCAAUAUAAAUAAUCCAUGAUUCCUCGUCAUUUUGUAAAUUUCAUAAUGUGAAGAGCCAUGAAUGCGUGGAAAGAAAAUUGUGUAGGUCAAGAAUAUAGUGAGAAGAAGAAAAAAAAACUUUCAUAAUCAAGAGUAAUAUUUGAGUAUGAGAAGACAGAUAUUUUUAAUGUUGCUAGGUGUAAUUUUCACACACACACACACUUUUCCACUAACAGCCUAUCCCAGGAUCAGCGCAAGUGUGGCGAAACAUGCUUGAAUUUGAUAACAAUUUAUAUAUAUAAUCCUAGUGGACAGAAAAACAAACGAGAGGAAAUCAUUUCUAAUGUGGCACAUGUUUUUUUUUUACAGUAAACUAACAAUUCUUUUUCCAUUAGAUUUCUGUGCCAUGUUGCUUCUAAAUAACAAGAAUAGAGGGGAAAAUUCUGUGUCAUUUGU